AUAUACAUAGUUACAGUUGAAAAUAUUUGAAAAUUCAACAUUACUUUUGGAAAACUGUCAAAAUUUUGUGGGGAAAAUCGUCGAUGCCGAAAAGUGAAUUGCGACAAUGAUGGAUGGUGUCUCAAUUACCGUUAUUAAUGACUCAACGGAUGUAGACUCGAUAACAGUUUAUAGCAAGACGACAACAGCCUUUAGCGUUGCCAGCGUCUUUGAUCAGGCUAACAACAUAUCGGAGUUGCCGUCGCCACUGCGUGAGCCGCUCUCGGCGAGAUACAAAAACAGCUUCGCCUUCGAAACAUUCAGAGAGCGCGUGCCGCAAAUCCUGUCCGAUCUGAUCAACUCCUUGUAUCAGAAUGAGAAACGGAUUAUGGAAAAGUAUGGCUCCUACGCGCACUUCGAGCUACGUCGCAUCGUUUGGAGCUUGGACAUCCUGCACAACGAGGUGCUAGAGAAUAAGCCGUUCAAGUACUUCUAUGACAAAUCGCCCGACUCGCUGGAGUGGAACAGCUUCAUCAAGGGUCUGGUGAAUCGCGAGAAGAAUCAAUGGUUUUCGGCCAACUGGAUGCACGCCGAGUGCUACUUGUAUCGGCGCAUCUGGAUGGCCUUCCAGCGCUCCGAAUUGCUGAAGGACUACGACUACUUCAGUCAGAAAAAGAUUUGCUCAACCCGCAACUUCGUCUACCUCUUUCGCGCUGUGCUGAACGACAUUAAAGACCUGACCUACUGCUACAGCAGCUUCGUGUCGAUGCUGAAGCUGUCGCUGUGGGCCAAUCGCUGUGACCUCUCGAUCACCAGCGCCGUUCCCUCGGAGACAAUUUGGAAUAGUCUCAAUAAGCAGAACAGGCAUCUGCUCGUGGAUCAGUCCGAAGAUGUGUGGCAGUUCCUAACGACGGGCGUCCACUCAUCCGUCUCACCUCCCAUGGUCGACAUUAUCCUGGACAAUGCUGGCUUUGAGCUCUUCGCCGACUUGCUGCUGGGCGUCUACCUGAUCGACUCGAAGCUGGCCAUCAAGGUGCGCUAUCAUGUCAAGGCCAUACCCUAUUACGUCUCGGACGUGACUGCCAAUGAUUUUCGCUGGAUGCUGAAUUUCCUCUUGCACCACGAGAUCCCCGAGUUCUCCUACCUUGGGCGCAAGCUGCGCUAUUUCAUGAGGCAGGGCUUCUUCGUUCUGUUCGAGACCUGCAAGUUCUGGACUCGCCCACAGGGCUUCAAGUACAUGAGCAAGCUUGCGCCCUGCUUGUUCGUGCAGCUGAGCUUCAGCGCUCUGGCCAUCUUCAAGGGGGAUCUCAACUAUCGCAAGCUGCUGGACGACAUCAACUACAGCCCCACAACGCCGUUCAAGGAGUGCCUCGGCGGCUUCCAGCCCACCAGCAUUUGCGCGCUGCGCUGCAUUAAAUCGGAUCUCUACUGUGGCCUGCCCAACUGCUUGGUCGAGCUGCUCACAGUGAACAAUCCCAGCUGGAUGCGCACAGGCGACAAGGCCAUUAUUCAACUGGCUGUCAAGCAGAUACCCUAAUAUCUAGAUUUCGUAUUCUUCAGAUGUUAUCAAUAUUUUCUUCAGUAUUCGCGUUGA